UUACAAAACCAUAUGUGAUAACAAUGGCUAAUGAAAAAUGUCAAGUUUGUGAUGAUAUAUCAAUUGGACGAAACUUUACAGUAUAUUCAUGUGAAUCUUGUAAAUCAUUUUUUAGAAGACAAAUAUUCAAGAAUAAGUUAUUAGUUUGUAAAUUCAGUGAACAAUGCGUUAUAAAUGUCAAAACUCGACGCUUAUGUAAAAAGUGUAGACUUUAUAAAUGUUUGGCCGUAGGAAUGAAACCGGAAUUAGUACUGACUAAAGAUGAAAGACAUAAACGAAAUCAGAUUAUUAAAGAUAAUCGACAAAAGAGAUCAAAGAUUAGACAAAACAGACAUUCAUUGACUAUAACGAGUAGUACUUUUUAUGGCGCUAAAGGAGAUCAACAAUUAAAAGAUUUGAUUUUUUCUAUCAAAUCAAUGUCCAGUUUUAAGGAAUUAUGUAUCGAUGACCAGUGGAUACUCAUUAAAGACGGAUAUUUUGAAUUGGAUUUAAUAAGAAAUUUUAAAUUUUUUGAUAUAAAAACACAAACAUAUUUAUUACCAAUUGACGACAAAACAACAGGACUUAUGAAUCUCAAUGACAUUAAACUAUCUGAAGAGUCUGAUAAAAGUACAGAAAAAGUUUUAGAGUUGACUAAUAGAUUUGAAUUGGUAUCGGAAAGGGAUCCCAUUAUUUUUGAAUUGGUAAACAUAGCUAAUUAA